AUGGAUACUAUCGCCCCUCCACCUAAGCUCAGCCAUCUUUUCACAUUAAGAUGCGCUGUUGAUACUCCCAUGGAAAUUGGUCAUGGUCCCUUCGGUCGGCGUCGGUGCAUCCCCAUUAUGUCGGGAGUGGUGUGUGGUCCACAUCUGAACGGAGAAGUCGUACCUGGUGGUGCGGAUUUUAUGAUUGUCGAAGAGGAUCAGACAACUCAUGUUAAUACUAACUACGUGAUCAAAAGUGAUGACGGCGCAUUCCUGUACAUUCGCACUGAGGGAACACGGGCAGGUCCGCCAGAGGUCUUGAAAGCUCUCAUGGAAGGGGGUCCGGUGGAUCCGACUCAAUAUUGGUUCCAUCUCCAUGUUCGGAUUGAAACAGGCCACGAAAAGUACUCGUGGAUGAAUGAUCGUGUCAUUGUCGGAAGAGCCACAAGAGCCAAGGGUGAGGUCGCCUACGAUGCUUAUUUCCUGGAGAAUAGUCCAUGA